AUGGAUAAUAUUUUAAUUGAAGCCGUGUAUAGAAGAGAGCCUUUAUGGAACCCUAUGAACGAUUUGCAUAAGAAUUCGAAUAUUCUGAAGAGACUUUGGCAGGAAGUUGCGGCAGAGGUGAAUAGAGACGCGAAAACCACGAAGACAAGAUGGAAAAAUCUAAGAGCGUACUACGUAAAGGAAUGCCAAAAGAUAGAUAGCAAGAGCAAAGAGGGUAGCGAAACAACUAGCACUUGGCAAUACUUCGACCGGUUGCAAUUUCUAGGAGACGUAAUAUUGCCAGGGUUAAAUCAAACAACGGAUUGCAUAAAAGAAGAAGACUACGAGGGCGACGAAAUAUUCAUAACUAACAUAGACGGUUCCGUGGCGUACCCUGAGAACCGCUCUCCGGCACAAUCUUCAUCAGACACGUCCUAUAUUACACCCUCUACGAGAAAAAGGAAGUUGAAUACUUUAGCAUCAAGCAGUGAGUUCGUUAACAAUGAAACGCUGUUGGAACUGGAAAGGAAAAAGGUUCAAAUACUGGAGAGUGAUAUAGCUAGAGGUUCAAAUGACGAUUUGCUAUUUUUCGAGAGUCUCCUCCCGUUUAUGAACGAAAUCCCUUUAGAACGCAAACUUCGACUUAGGACUAAGAUACAAGAUUUAAUAUCAAAUGAAUUGGAAGCUGUGCAAAACUGUAAUUAA